AAUAUUCAAUUUUGUAGAAUCUAUAGUCGGUCUAGAAAAACUAUAAUUUACUGCAAAUUGAGUGAUGACUGAAGCAAGCCUAUUGAAAACAUGUCGUUGUAAAUCAACAAUCUAAUUUUUACACGAUCUAAAUUUAGAAAUGUUCCCAGAUAUAUUGUUUGCCACUAGGAAUGGGAUAUUUAUACCAUCGUGAAAAGAAGAAUGCUUCAGUUCGUAGAGUGUGUUUGGAGAGUCCGAACCGCGGCGAUCUCGCGACUCCCGCGCGUCCCGCUGCGCACUCGCCGACCUGUAUUUAUCGUUGUUAUGCGAUACUGCUCUCAAGAAUAUAAGGAUUUUGUGAUGGAUUGUGACAAUGAAUUUGAGAAAUGGCGCAAUUCUGCACCGAACUUCUAUUCUGUCCAAACUAUGGAAAUGAGGUGCAGGCCAUACUCCUUCGUGCAUAACAACGAUCCUGUGUUGUUAGGUCGCGAAGGUUCUCACAAAAAUGCUGACGACGUGCUAUUUGAUAUGUUCAAAAAUGAAGAAACUGGACUCCUACCUGUUGGAAAGUUUUUGGCCGCUCUCAGGACGACUGGGAUAAGAAAAAACGAUGCUCGAGUAAAAGAAGUCAUGCUCAACUUAUACAAAGUACACAAAGAAUCAAAUUUCGAAGGGGGCUCCCCAGAAACAUUGAAGCUAGACCGUCAGACAUUCAAAGAUGUCAUUGCUCCGAACAUAGUCCUGAUCACUCGCGCUUUCCGCAGCCAGUUCGUGAUUCCUGACUUCCAGGACUUCAUUAAGGAUAUCGAGGAGAUGUACUGGUCUGCGAAGAGCAACACCGAUGGGAAAGUGGCCAGUUACAUUCCGCAGCUGGCUCGCGCCAGUUCUGACAGUUGGGGAGUCAGCGUUUGCACUAUCGAUGGACAACGAUUUUCUAUUGGUGACGUGACCGUGCCAUUCACUCUACAGUCUUGCAGCAAGCCGCUGACGUAUGCCAUGGCGCUAGAGACCCUAGGCCCUGAUGUCGUGCACAAAUACGUGGGAACCGAGCCCAGCGGACGGAACUUCAAUGAAUUAGUACUGGACUACAACAUGAAGCCGCACAAUCCAAUGAUCAAUGCUGGUGCAAUUCUGGUGUGCUCUUUACUGAAGACCCUGGACAAGCCGGAUAUGACUUUAGCUGAGAAGUUCGACUACGUCAUGUCCUUCUUCAGCAGACUCGCUGGGAACGAAGUCUUGGGUUUCAACAACGCUGUAUUUCUCUCUGAAAGAGAGGCGGCCGAUAGGAAUUACGCGCUUGGCUUCUAUAUGCGUGAGCAUAAAUGUUACCCAGAAAAGACAAACCUGAGAGAGUGUAUGGAUUUCUAUUUCCAGUGUUGUUCCAUGGAAGCUAACUGCGACAUAAUGUCCAUAAUGGCAGCCACGCUAGCAAAUGGCGGCAUUUGUCCAAUAACAGACGAGAAAGUCCUUCGGCCGGAUUCUGUACGCAACGUGCUAUCUCUGAUGCACAGCUGUGGAAUGUACGACUAUUCAGGCCAGUUUGCGUUCAAAGUGGGGCUGCCCGCAAAGUCAGGAGUAUCGGGAGCCAUGCUCAUCGUCGUGCCUAAUGUUAUGGGGAUCUGCACUUGGUCGCCACCUUUGGAUCCAUUAGGCAACAGCUGCCGUGGACUGCAGUUUUGUGACGAACUGAUCCAGAGAUUUAAUUUCCACAAAUACGACAAUAUCCGAUACGCGAGCCACAAAAAAGACCCGCGGCGCUACAAAUUCGAGACUACUGGUCUCAGCAUCGUCAACCUACUGUUUUCUGCGGCCAGUGGAGAUAUUAGCGCUUUGAGAAGGCAUCAUCUAUCCGGUAUGGACAUGACGCUGUCAGACUAUGACGGGCGCACGGCUUUGCAUUUAGCAGCUGCCGAAGGGCACUUGGGUUGCGUGGACUUCCUGCUGGCCCAGUGCGCCGUGCCCCACGACCCUCGCGACCGCUGGGGCAGCCGCCCGCUCAACGAGGCUGAAACCUUCGGACACACCGCUGUCGUACAAUACCUCAAGGAAUGGGAACGUGUACACCCCAACAACGAAAAACCUGACGCCAAAACAUCAGCUGUAGAUGAUAUACUCGAUAAAACUAACGUCAAUGACGCCGUCAAAGACCCAAGCAUUCAAGAAAUCGUCUCCAGGAAUGGUGAUAAAGUUCAAUAGAUCGUAAUAUUUACCAUUAUAUUCCCGAAUCUCAAUCCUUUAUUGAGGGUUAUUAAAAAUGACGAUCUCAUGACUAAAUUGCUGUUUUAUCAAGUUAACAUUUAAUAUUGUAAUUUGUAAGUAGAAAAGUAAUAAUGAAUAGUUAGCAGCAAUAAUGAAUGAAUAGCCUUUUUUAAUUUAUGCGUUAAAAUUGCGGCUUCAAAAUGGAUAUUUUUAAACUUCAUAUUUCAAGUAUUGUGCAAACUUUUUGACUUUGUAUGUCUUUAGUUAUUACUGAAUUAUAUUUUACAUUCCAUUUGUUUCUACAAAAUAAAUUUAUAUAGCAUGUAACUGUUUUGCUACCUUUUUAGGGACAUAGUACUUACCUAAUUGCUCACAUACAUAUAUCUAUUAUAUAUUAGAUAAAAACUAAAGGGUAUAAAAAUUGUUAUCAAACAAAAGUUUCUCAUUAAGACAAUAAAUAAAUAUUUUAAUCAAGGUAGAUAAAGAAUAAAUUAAUUAAUCCAUGUCAUUCUCAGUGUUGUCCAAAUGUAUGUCAAUUAAACUGUUGAUGAAAAGUUA